AUGGGGGCGGCGGGGCCGGGCCGCUGCGGGCGGGACCCGUGCGGGGCGCUCUGCCUGCUGCUCACCUACCUGAGCGUGGGCUACGCCGACUACGUCAUCCUCACCCACAUCCUGCUGCAGCCGGGCUUCCGGGGCAGCCUCUGGUGUCCCUUCCAUGCCGUGACGUUUAACCUCAUUGUCCUUCUGUUGCUGGCCUGUCACACACGAGCUGUCUUUGCUGAUCCAGGCAUGGUCCCGCUGCCCGAUACCGCCAUCGACUUCUCUGACCUGCGCAGCAACACGCCCCACAAGAGCGAGCGGAGCAAUGAGGACUGGACUGUGUGUAACCGCUGUGAGACGUACCGCCCGCCGCGGGCGCACCACUGCCGCAUCUGCCACCGCUGCGUCCGCCGCAUGGAUCACCACUGCCCCUGGAUCAACAACUGCGUUGGCGAGUUAAACCAGAAAUACUUCAUCCAGUUCCUCUUCUACACUGGGCUGGCUAGUCUCUAUGCCAUGGGGCUGGUGUUAACCACGUGGCUGUGGCCGGUGGACAGGAGCUUCCCCGGGAAGAUGGAAGGUGCGGCUGGAGGCGUCUCUAACAACCAUGUCCAGAUGGCUCACUGCAUUGUCCUGCUGGUGGAGUCCAUCCUCUUCGGGGUCUUCGUCACCGUCAUCUUCUAUGACCAGGUGGUCUCUAUCAUCAUGGACGAGACUCCGAUCGAGCAGCUGCGGAACCGGCUGCUGAAGGAGGCGCGCCGGGAGGUGGCACACACCCGGAAGCCGAAGAUCGCGCUGCUGCGGGAGGUGUUUGGACGGGGCUUCGUGAUCUGCUGGUUUUUCCCAUGUAACUGCAGCCCCCCAUCAGGCGGGGCCCCUGCCUACAGCUAUCUGCCCAACUACGAUGUGUGA